GGCCUGGCCCCCCGAAGCGAAAGCGCGGCCGCAGUAAGGAACCACUGGCCAGAAAGUCACACUGACCCCCACGUAGAAAACAUCACCUUCUAUCAGAAUCAAGAGGACUUUUCAGAAGCGGCCUCCAAAGAGGAUGUGAUGUUUCCGAUCUCUAGAAAGAACCCCACUUCUUCAGGUGCCCCAGAAAACCUUACUCAGCUAACUGAAACAGCAACUGCGGGAGGAAGGACUGACUCUUCAAGCAGAAUAAACUCUACCGGUUUGCCCAGCGGACACUCUCCUGAGACAGCCACAGCUCUGACUUCCCCGAGCAGCAGCUCAGCCUCGGGAAGAUUUCAUCUGCCAUCCAGCAGUUCAGAGUCCGAAGAAAGAAUAGCCCCUUCUCAGAUGGAGAGUGGAGCAUCCCCGGCAUCCCAGGGCUCACUGGAGAAGGGGCAGGGGCUUUCAGAAGUGACUGUGCACACCCACGUGGCUGCUGCUGUGGUCUCGAGCCAGUCCUCUCUGCCUGCUCUGGAGACGGGAGAACUAGCCACGCUGUCCAGGACGAGAACGUCAGUCCCAGAGCUCUCCAGGACACCAGCUUACUCUCCUCCGUCAGACCAUUCUUCAUUUUCUAGAAGUUUGGAGGACCUUGACAACUCCUCUGCUCUGCAGAGCUCCUCUGUCGGUCAGACAAAGAACAUGCAUGUUGCUACCACAUUCACUGAUGGUGUCCCAAGGAUGCUCCGAUCUUUGACUGUCAGUCUGGGACCAGUGAAUGAGACGGAGGGUUUCCCUGAAGACUCCAAAAUGGCCACAACUUCAGCCUCAGUCCAGUCUUCACCCUCCGCAGUGGAGUUGAGAAGAAACAGCAAAGUAACUGGAAAUCCAGGGGCUGAGGAAUUCAUUGAGCCAUCCGCAGAAAAUGAAUUUGGACGUCCAUCAUUACAUUGGCAAAAUGAUUCCCCAACCUUCGGAGGACAUCAGCCUGCCAGCAGCUCUGAGUUGGAAAAUGGAAAUCCCAUGUCUCAGACUGAAACUGUGUCUAGGUCAAUCCCACCUGUGAGAGUUGGUGAGAGCACAGCACGCUGGUUCUCAACCAGCAGUAAGACAUUUGCAGAUGCAACAGGAAGCUCCGCUUCAUAUCCUGUAAAUGCCUCAGUGUUGACCCAGUUCACGGACUCUAUUCAGCAGUCUGGAGGAAGUAACACAGCGCUGGAUGAGAGAAGCUACUCAGAGUCCUUGUCUACGUCCUCCUCAGAAAGCCUGGAUUCCUCAGCUCCACGUGGAGAACGUUCAAUCACUGGAAUUAGCUAUGAUCAAGUGAGUGACACAGAUAUUGAACAAAGGACUUCCAGUGACCACACAGAUCACACCUACGUUUCAUCUGCUUUCACCAAGGGAGAACAAGCAUUACUGUCCAUCACAGAUAACAGCUCAUCUUCUGACAUCAGAGAGAGCUCGACCUCUUAUAUUAAGAUCUCAAACUCCUCACAUUCAGACUACCCUUCCUCUUCUGGUGCUCAGACUGAAAGAAGUAAAGUCUCAUCCUAUGAGGGGGAAUAUGCUCAGCCUUCCACCGAGUCACUGGUUCUACGAACAUCCAGCCUUCCAUCCUUCACAUCUACCAUUAAUACGCCAAACACUCUGGUUCUUCUGGACACUGACGCUGGGUCUGUUGGAAACUCGUCUUCUUUUCCAAGUCCCCCUUUGCCGUCACCCUCAGUGUCACAGUCCCACCAGUCGUUCUCAUCAACCUUACCAUCAACCAGGGCCUCUAUGCAUCCACUGAAAAAUACCUCUGAGGCAUCUAUACCUUUGUCUUCUUCACCACCACCUUUAUUACUCUCCUUAAUGGCCUCUACCCCUGCCCCACUUGCUAUCUCACAAACAACCUUACCACAUUCAUCUUCUACCCCAGUCCAGCCCAGGUCAAGGGAGACACCCAUGACUUCAGUUUGGAUGUCGACAAUGGCUUCGUCCAUGGCAAUGCUUCCUGGUAGUCAAGCAGCAGGCCCUAGGAACCAGAGCACUCCACACCAAGAGAAAAUCAGUAUGGAAUCAAAGUCACCAAGUCUGGUGUCUCUGUCUGCAGAAUCCACCAAAACUGUAACAGUGAGCUUUCCUUCAUCCCCAGCCUUAACAGAGUCCUCUGCCAAGCGAACCCUUCCAGCCACGAGCACCAGCUUGUCCCACAUGUCUCCAGCUUUGACAACCACCACUCUUCAGACCUCUCAUCCUCCCGUGGCCACUCCCAGCACCCCAUCAAGCACCACAGCUCUGAUCGCUAGCCCUAUAGCUGUACAGACCACGGAUGGAAAACAGCUCUUGCCAACCUACCCUGAAAUUCUAGUGCCGCAGAUCUCAACAGAAGGUGCUGUCACCACAAAAAGGAACCAAGUGCAUUUAGAUACGACUGCUCGAUCGAUCCCUCUGACCAGUGUACCCACAUCAGCAAAAGAACUGACCACGAAGCUUGGCAUUACAGAAGAGUACAGCCCAGCUUCACAUUUCCUCAGAUCAUCCCCUUCUUUCCAAACCACAGAUGUUUCUACAACUGAAGUGUUGGGUCCUCAAUCCACCACUUUCACUGCUCAGCUCAGCACCCAGUCACCAGUGGUGGCAUCAUCUCUAGCCCCAGGUGAUGGCUGUGCCAGGAACCCUUGUCUUCACGAUGGCAAGUGCAUUGUAGACCCCACCAGGGAUGGCUAUCGGUGCGUGUGCUCACCUUCCUGGCAAGGGGAAGACUGCAGCGUGGACGUGAACGAAUGCCUCUCAAGCCCCUGCCCGCCCCUGGCCACAUGCAACAAUACUCAGGGAUCCUUUAUCUGCAGAUGCCCUGUCGGGUACCAGCUGGAAAAAGGAAUAUGCAAUUUGGUUAGAACCUUCGUGACAGAGUUUAAAUUGAAGAAAACUUUUCUUAAUACUACCAUGGAAAAACAUUCUGGCCUACAUGAGGUUGAAAAUGAGAUCACCCAAACGUUAAAUGCGUGUUUUUCAGUGUUACCUGGUUAUAUCCGAUCUACAGUUCAUGCUUCUAGGGAGUCCAGUGCAGUGGUACUCUCUCUGCAAACCACCUUUUCCCUGGCUUCUAAUGUGACGCUGUUUGACCUGGCCGAUGGGAUACAGAAGUGUGUCAACUCCUGCAGGUCCUCUGCUGAGGUCUGCCAGCUCUUGGGAUCUCAGAGGCGCAUUUUCAGAGCGGGCAGCCUGUGCAAGCGGAAGAGUCCAGAAUGUGACAAAGAGACUUCCAUCUGCACUGACCUGGAUGGCGUCGCUCUGUGCCAGUGCAAGGCGGGCUACUUUCAGUUCAACAAGAUGGAUCACUCCUGCCGAGCAUGUGAAGAUGGAUAUAGACUUGAAAAUGAAACCUGUAUGAGUUGCCCAUUUGGCCUUGGCGGUCUCAACUGUGGAAACCCCUAUCAGCUCAUCACUGUGGUAAUUGCAGCAGCAGGAGGUGGGCUUCUGCUCAUCCUCGGCAUUGCACUGAUUGUUACCUGUUGCAGAAAAAAUAAAAAUGACAUAAGCAAACUUAUCUUCAAAAGUGGAGAUUUCCAAAUGUCCCCUUAUGCCGAGUACCCCAAGAACCCUCGUUCACAAGAAUGGGGCCGAGAAGCUAUUGAAAUGCACGAGAAUGGAAGUACCAAAAACCUUCUCCAGAUGACGGAUGUGUAUUACUCGCCCACAGGUGUAAGGAAUCCUGAACUUGAACGAAACGGACUCUACCCAGCGUACACAGGGUUGCCGGGAUCGCGUCAUUCCUGUAUUUUCCCUGGACAGUACAACCCAUCUUUCAUCAGUGAUGAGAGCCGGAGAAGAGACUACUUUUAAGUCCAGGAAAGAGGGGCCUGCUGCUCUGAGCCAGUUAGCCAGGGCCUCUGUGGCUCAGAGGACUGCACCAGGAGGGAGCUUCACACACUGUCUGCUCCCAGGACUCGAGGGAGCCCCGCUUGGGAGGCAGGCAGUAAGGAGGACCGCGUGAGGGAGUAACCACAUUAGAGGGUCAGGUAGAUGUGGAACUGCAGGCUGCUCAGUGGGCACCUUUGUUGUCACGGUGAGCGUGAAUGGGGGCCAGCACCAUAAGAGCUCUCGGAGUGAUCCCAGCGGGGCAAGGCACUGGAGAAGCUGUCCGCCAGGGCAGACCGCGAGGCAUCCUCACAAGGACUCCGUGUCCUUUAGUUUGCACUUUAGUAAAUUGGGUAGGGAGGUUUCCUUUUGGAUUUGUUUCAAGACUUUCCAGAAAGAAGACUUCCUUCCUGAGCCACGUCCAUGGACCGCAAUUUGAUGAUUAACUUCCAGCAAAAUAUGGCUCAUCCUUUCCCGCCCGGUGCCUGUGUGCUAGAUAACAGAUGAUGGUGAACAUACCACUGAGGUCUGAAAAUGCUGCAGCUGAACACAGCCUAUCAGUCUGUUUCUAGGCCAUCCUAUGCUACACUUUCCAAGCCAACCCCCAAAGUGAGGAAUUGAAAUUCGUGAGACAGCACACAACUCCGAUUUGUUUUUUUCAAGGUGACACAUUCAGUUAAAAUGUUUAUCUCCCUUGGCAAUUAAAUCUCACUUCUUCAGACAAGUCUGAAUCAAGGCAACACAACUUGCGUUUGGUUUUACUUAGAGACAUCCAGCCGCCCCGCAGUGAGGCGCACUGCAGGCAGGGGGCGCCUUUCCUUCACGAGGCCACUGCUUGUAGCCUAGUCACCCAUGGUGAGGCCAGAGGCUGCUAUGUAUGGAGCAGAAAUGGAAAGUCGGAUGCAGGGUGGAUCUGAGUCGGCAUUUCGCCACUAGUGGAAAAGCGGUUUGUUGUGGUCCGUGCAGCCGAGUGUGGUUAGAGGAGUGGGCGGAACAGGCAGGUUCCAUUUCCUGCACCACUGGCACUUUGUAAAGCCUGGUGGAGCCCUGAGGCAGAGCAGGGAGCGGGGAUGGAGCCACAGGUGAGCCGGCUUCCCUGCCAGCGCAGCCUCCCUGUACCUGUGAUCGUGUCUGUAAGCACAACCACUCGAAGCUCUUUUCUCAUUGAAUCCUGUCGUCCAGUCGUUUGUGUAUCUAUGCUGCUGUGUCGUGCCCUCCAGAAACACGGUUGUAACGCAAGUUGGCGGUGGAGAACUGAGGACUUCUGGCCAGUGAGGGCUCAGAGUUGGUCUUCGGGAAGGACGUUCUCACGUCGUUCUUAUUUUGCCUGUGCGGUGGGCCUGUGAGGAGGAAGGCCUGUCGGCGCUCAGCGUCUUUAAUGUCUACCUGUGGAACUGUGUCCAUUCCUCUGCCUGUGGCACCUUCUGCUUUUGGAAGCAGUGAAGCGAAUGCAGAGUGAGCAGCUGCCCUUGCCCUGAAGCAGGGAGCCCAGAGGCACACACGUUUCUGGAAUGGUGCAGCUCGUGGGGGCAAAGCCGCCUUGGCACGGUUGUUUCUUCAGGGUUCUCUGAGCACUUCAGAACUUACGUGACCUGUGUGCAUAUGUAAGCCUCCCCCUAGCCGGGCUGAGAGGGAGCUCCUGUGUCCCAUGGCCUCCUUUGCGCGCCGUCGACCCUGCCCUGCUGGAGCAGGGCCACCAAUCAGUGCACGCCAUUUUGGUAGUUAAAUAGCACUCAUUGCAUGAGAUAAAUACAAAAAGAAUUCUGUUUCUUGCCUGUGGAUGCUAAGUUAAAAUUUCAGAGCCUCAUCUUUUGGAAGUCUUGGGUCUCAUGUAUCUCUCUGUGGCACCAAGCGGCCCUUUGUGCCUCGCAGUCUCCCUUGCCACCGGAGAGUGAGCACCGAGCUCCUGCACUCAGUCCCCUGAGCCGCUAGACUUGGAUCCCUUAGGAGACGCCUAGCUUCGGCCCCUUGUGCACAGCCCUCCUC